AUGAUGCCCGGCAAGACCACAACCACCCCCCGUAUCACCAAGUUCACCAACUGCCGCAUCCUUCAAGACAAGGAACUGGUCGAACAGGAUCUUUGGAUCGAUUCACGUUCCGGCAAAAUCCUCCGAGACCAAGUCGCCUUCUAUGAACUGCAUCUCUUGCCCGAUGAAGUAAUCGAUUUGGGCGGCCGUAUCCUGGCUCCCGGUCUUAUCGAUGUCCAGUUGAACGGCGCCCAGGGGUUUGAUUUCUCGGUACCACAGGCUUCCCGAAAAGCAUAUGAUGAUGGGUUGCGCAUUGUCAACAAGGGUCUGGCGCGGACCGGAGUGACUUCAUAUUUGCCAACGGUUGUUAGCUCCACGCCAGAAGUAUAUUGGCAGGUCCUCCCUUCGCUUGCUCCAUCCAACAGCUACCAUCGCGGAGAAGAUGGCGCAGAAUCACUGGGAGCUCAUGUUGAGGGCCCAUUUAUCAGCUCCGGCCGCAAUGGUAUCCACAAGCCAGAGGUCCUCCAGGCUUCUCAAGACUGGAAGGACUUGGUCCACUGCUACGGUCAGGAAAACCUCAAUUCAUCCAUCAAGAUGAUCACCGCCGCCCCAGAAGUGGGCAAUAUGACCGCCCACAUCCCACGCUUCGUAGAACGAGACAUUGUCUACUCCAUCGGCCACUCAGACGCCACCUACGAACAAGGGCUAGCAGCGACGCAGAACGGUGCUUCAAUGGUCACCCAUCUCUUCAACGCAAUGCGACCCUUCGAACACCGCAAUCCGGGUAUCUUCGGCCUCUUGGGCCAAAGCGAGCGACAUCGUCGGCCAUAUUACGGUGUGAUCGCGGAUGGGAUCCAUCUGCAUCCCACCUCCAUUAAGAUCGCUUACCAUGCCCAUCCCGAGGGUCUCGUUCUCGUCACCGACGCUAUGCGCCUCUGUGGACUCCCCGACGGCAUCUAUGAUUGGACCAACGGGGACCGGAUUAUCAAAUCCGGUGCUCGUCUGACGCUCGAGGGCUCCAAUAAGAUCGCUGGUAGUUCUGCGACGUUGAUUGAGUGCGUGAACAAUUUCCGGCGCUGGUCUAAUGCAUCUGUUGCUGAUGCGUUGCGUGCCGUCACUGCCACCCCCGCGCGGAUGCUGGGUCUGCAGGAUGUCAAAGGUACCUUGAAUGCGGGCGCUGAUGCCGAUCUUGUCGUUCUGGAUGACACUGAUUCUGAUGCCGGUCCGACUUUGACUGUUGAUCAGGUGUGGAAAUUUGGGGUGAAGAUUUUCGAUGGAGAGAAGAAUGUAUAG